AUGAUGAGCCGACUGCGUGAAUCCCUGGCUGGUCCAGGGUAUGUGAUUCUGAACGCCAUUCGCGUACUCAACAUUAUCGCUUUCCUUGAUAUCAUUGCUGCGUCUGCGGUCAUGCUGGUCAAGAUCAAUAUGCUAAACAGCUUCUUUUUCUUCGAGGCUGUAACUCAUGCCGUGGUGGCUAUCGUUAGCAUUUUCCUCAUUAUCUCUGAGCUUCCCAUUCUGCGCGCCUAUUUCGAUGACCACUGGCCGAUGUUCGGUCAGGAUGCGGGCUUUUACACUCUUGCCGGUAUCAUGAUGAUCCUGGGUGUCUCGACUCUAGGCAAUUUGAACACCAAGGCCAUGACCCAGGAAACAAUUGGCAUGGCAUUCUGGCGCAUUAUCAUCUCCGCCGGUGUCCUUGCAAUGGUAGUCAGCGUGCUCAACGUGCUAGGAAGCUUCCUCUUCAGCGACCCUAAAGCCGGAGUCAGCGCUCGCCACGUCCGAGCCUAUGGCGCCGUCGCAGAACAGAAAGUCAUGAGCCGAACAAGCAGCCACCGCACCCUCCAUCUGAGCUUUAAGCGCGAGGAAGCACUCCCGUCGUACACUAGGUCGAACCCCGUUAAGCGCGCUACCCAGCGUUUCACUGGUCGCUUCCCUUUGAAGAUCUCCAAACCGAUGAACCCAACGCUGGUCGCUGAGAAUGAUGCUGCUUCGUCCAAGUACUCUCGUGACUCGGUGGAGAUUCGUGAGCCUGACCUUGCGCACCACCCUGCUUUGUACUCGGGGCAUAUGGUUUGA